AGGGAGGGAAGGAGGGAGGGAGGCAACUGUUUUGUAGCUAUCUUGGAAGCCCUGGGUGAGGAGAGGGGGGAGGAGGAGCGGAGAAUGAGCUAUUCUUGUACCAGCAGAGGCAACAGCCAGGACCCGUCAAGCGCUAAGAAGCCUGCCGGGAGUAAUCCGGGCAGAGACGCUGGAGGCACCGACGGCGGCACAGACAGCACCAGUAACGGCAGCCCGAAGCAAACGGCGGCGAUGAAAGUGAAGAAAGGCUGCAACGAGGUGGGGGUCCCGGUGACCACGGAGGAGGACCUGCUGGGCAGCGCCGUGAUCACUCCGGAGGAUGUUCUGGGUCUGCAGAAGAUCACAGAGAAUUAUCUGUGCAGCCCAGACGAGAACGUUUACAACAUCGAUUUUACCAGGUUUAAGAUCAGAGACAUGGAGACCGGCACAGUGCUGUUUGAAAUCACCAAACCUCCAUCGACAGAUAAAGCCGGGGAGAAGAGGGAUAUCGACCCAAACGCUGGGCGGUUUGUUCGUUACCAGUUCACCCCCGCUUUCCUCCGACUGCGGCAAGUUGGAGCCACCGUCGAGUUCACAGUCGGAGAUAUGCCGAUAGAAAACUUCAGGAUGAUCGAGAGACAUUAUUUCAGAGAGAAGCUGCUCAAGAGUUUUGACUUUGAGUUCGGCUUCUGCAUGCCCAGCAGCAAGAACACCUGUGAACACAUCUACGAAUUCCCACCUUUGUCUGAGGACAUCAUCAGAGAAAUGAUCCUACACCCGUAUGAGACUCAGUCCGACAGCUUCUACUUUGUGGACAAUAAGCUGGUGAUGCACAACAAGGCAGACUACUCGUACAACGGCGGGACGUAGAGACGACACGGAGGCAAGAGAGGCGGGUGGAUUUACGGACUGUGUGGAGCGAGCAUACCGUCAAUCCAGCAGUCUCUCUCUCUCUCUCUCUAACUGUUUUUCCCUCUGUCUUUCUCUGUUCUCUUUCUCCUGCUGAGAGAAGGCCAUCCAGAAAACACCCACACACAUGUGUCAGUUACAACCUGUGUGUGUCUGUGUGUACAAACACAAACCCACACAUGGAUGCACACGGUUCAGUGUGUGUGUUUAACAUGAUAUACCAGCAAGCAAGCAACUUUUUAGAUGGUUUUCUCUCUUUAGCCACGUCAUGACGUGAAAAAAAAAAAAUAUAGAAAUUAUUUUUUUCAUUCCUGUACAUGUUAGCAUCUAAAAACGUGUGUUUUUAGGACUUUUUUGGGCGGAAAUCAUUUUUCAGAUUCAGUGUGUGUGUGUGUGUGUGUCUACUUUUGCUUUUCUGGUGUGUGUGUGUGUGUGUGUGUGUGUGUGUUUGUGUACUUUGUAUGAUUGUCUGUGUGUUUGUGUGUGUCAGUUUGAAGCAUGAUAACUGCUCCGGUGAAAAUAUAUUAAUUUAAAUGUCAAUAAUAUGACCAUCUGGUUUGCAAAGGUCAAAUAGAUUUCCGAAACCUGUUAGCGCCUUUUCUACACAGUAGACAGUCGGUAGUUAUUUUUAAUUUAUCCAACUUAUUUCCUUUCUGAUCCCUUUGUUCCUUAUUUAUUUCUUAACCUAAAGUAACCGUAGGGCGUAUGUGUUUAUUGUAUCCUCUCAAAGCACAACAUCUUAACAGAGCCGACAGUUAUAAAGAUGAUCUGAUAUGACCAUGAACGUACUUUGUCAUCUGCGCGCCGACUGUUCUCCUCCUGCCUCAUGUUGCUUAGUUUAGGCGAUAGGGAAGGUUGUAAAGGAAACCUUGGAUUUGUAAUGUUGUUACAGAAAGGAAGAAGGUUGAGGAAUGUAGCAGAAGUCGUUUCAAAGAACAAAUCACGCUUAAAUCUCAUGUUUUUGUGUUUGUCCUCUUCACGUCUUGUAUUGUACCGACAUUUUCUCAUUCUCAGUGAUGUUACCUGUUUUCUGCCUCUCGUACGUCUUGUUGUUUGCACUCAUUCCAGUGAUUUGGACCUGAGCGCGGUGAUCUGAAGGCAUUUAUUAACUGAACUGUCUCUGGAUGCCUCUAAAUCAUAAUAUGCACAACUUUUUCUUUGUCGCCAUCUGUGCUGAAACACAACCUGACUCAAGAGUAUCCAAAUAGGUCUUUGAAAUUUUGCUUCAUCGUAUCCUCACAUACUCUGAUUUGAUGCACUUGAACGUCAGUUUGUGCAACUGACAGCUGAAGUGAUUCUAAUUUAAAGUGCAGUGCAUUCGAACAAAUGGCAGUUUGUGAAGAACAGCAAACCAAUCGAAAGAAAAUGACUUAAACCCGCCUGCACAAGAUGGAGGUGAGCAUUGAUUAAGAUUGUUAUUGGCUCCUAAGUGAUUAACGUCUGAUCGGUUUUGUUGUUUUGGGCCUGAACAAUUUGCACAAGAGACAAAAAAAAGUUAAAGUAGUGAACUGGACCAGAGGGGACUAUAAAACAGAGAUUAAACUGAUUGACUUGAAUGUUUUGUCAAAAAAAAAAUGUAACACAGAUAAUGUAGAACAGAUUUAUAUAUGACUGAUUGUGACUCGUACAAAUUAUUUUGAACUCAUGUAAAGUUUUUUGACAAGUCAGAAGUCGGUGUGACUGAACAAAAGUAAAAUAAAGAUUUAUGGAACUUUUUAAAGUA